UUAUAUUUACCAUCUUGUUUGUGAGAUUUAGAUUGUUUCAUAUGACUGUAGUUUGUAAAUUUGUGUUGCUUUUUAGUAUCCCAUUGUUGAUUGGUAGUUGUGUUGCUGUAUAGUACACCACAAUUCACUGAACUAUCCUACUGUGAAUGGACACUUGGGCUGUUUCCAGCUUUUUGUUCUCAUGAACAAUAUUGCUAAGAACAUUCUUGUAAUGUCUCUGGAUAGAGUUGAGCAAGAUUUUCUCUAGGGUAGGUACUACUUUCCAAAGCAGGUGUUCCAGUUUACAUUCUCAACAGCAGUAUGUGAGAAUUCCUAGUGGUCUACAAAUACUUGUUACUGUCAGAGUUCCUAGUUUUUAUUUGAGACAGAGUUUCCCUCUUGUUGCCCAGGCUGGAGUACAAUGGCGUGAUCUUGGCUCACUGCAGCCCCUGCCUCCUGGGUUCAAGCAAUUCUCCUACCUCAGACUCCCAAGUAGCUGAGAUCACAGGCUUGCGACACCACGAGGGGGCCAAUUUUGUAUUUUCAGUAGCGACGAGGCUUAACCAUGUUGGUUAGGCUGGUCUGGAACUUCUGACUUAAGUGAUCCACCUGUCUUGGGCUCCCAAAGCGCUGGGAUUAUUGGGAUGAGCCACCAUGCCCCGCUGUGUUUUUCUUUUUUUGGAGAUGGAGUCUCACUCUGUCGCUCAGGCUGCUAGAGUACAUUGGAACGAUCUUCGCUCACUACCGCCUUUGCCUCCUGGGUUCAAGCAAUUCUACUGCCUCAGCCUUCCAAGUAGCUGGGAUUACCAGCAACUGCCACCACAUUGGGCUAAAUUUUUUUUUAAGUAGAGACAGAGUCUCAUCGUGUUGGCCAAGCUGGUCUCAAACUGCUGACCUCAAGUCAGGAGUCAGGAGGUCAAGUGAUCCGCCUGCCUCGACUUCCCAAAAUGCUGGGAUUACAGGUGUGAGCUCCCACGCCCUGCUAAAGUUCCUAAGUUUUGCCAAUCUAGUGGACGUGGUUUAAUCCAAUCAAUUGAAACUAAUGUGCUUGCGCACCUUACAUGUUUACUGAAUAUGGAUUUUGUCAUUUCCAAAGCAACUAUUCAGUAAUUUUAUCAACUUUUCUAUUGGGUUGUCUUUUUAGUUUCUAUAUAUUCUGGAUAGCAGCCUUUGUCAAUCAUAUGUGUAACAAAUUUCUCCCACUCUGUUGCCUUUUCCUCUUAUGAUGUAUUGUGGCUUUUCCCACUUUUCAGUCGUAAGAUAAUUCACUUGUAAGUUCAGUCACAUACUUAGCAUUUUUGGUUCAUCAUGGAGUUGUUAUGUAUUUUCAAGGUUAGGUUUUUUUUUUUUUUUGGUAGUAAUCCAGUCAAAUCAAUCGCUUCUCGUUAAUUCUUUUUGUAUCAUAUAUUCCCACCCAUUGGUCCUGAAGAUAUUCCAGAACGUUAUUUCCUGCAAGUUCUGGGUUUGCUAUUCGCAUUCAGGUCUCUGCGCCGCCCAAACUGUGUGUCGCUGUUAGGAUCGCUUCAUCACCACGUAUGCUGGCGACGCCUCUUCCGGCUCUCCUCAGGUGCCGGGAUCGCUGGCCUGUUCUUUUAUCAGAAAUAAGAGAUCUAUAUUUUGUUAAUAAAGGAACGUUUUGUGUCCAAUAAGGUUUCGUCAAUAUGCGUGAAAACGCCACAUUAAGCUUAUUUCGUCUGUGAAUACUUAAGCGAAAAAAACACCUCGCCAACAAACUGCCCGGCGACGGACUUUAGGCGCCUCCUUAGUCUCCCCGCUGUCGCCACCACCCUUUUCCUUCUGUCGCAACACGCAGGCGCGCCCGGGCUCACGCGCCGCGCACCGAAGUGCGCCUGCGCCAGGAGACGCCCCGCCCAGUGCCGGCCGAAUAUAAAAUGUGGAGCUUCUCCUCGCGAGAGACUUCGUGUUCAUGCUCGCUGCAGGGGUCGGAGGUCAGGGCGAGCGUCUCGCGGGCCGCAGGAGGAAGAUGGCGGUGGAAUCGCGCGUUACCCAGGAGGAAAUUAAGAAGGAGCCAGAGAAGCCGAUCGACCGCGAGAAGACAUGCCCGCUGCUGCUGCGGGUUUUCACCACCAAUAACGGCCGCCACCACCGAAUGGACGAGUUCUCCCGGGGAAACGUACCAUCCAGCGAGUUGCAGAUCUACACUUGGAUGGAUGCAACUUUGAAAGAACUGACAAGCUUAGUAAAGGAAGUCUACCCAGAAGCUCGAAAGAAGGGCACUCACUUCAAUUUUGCAAUCGUUUUUACAGAUGUUAAAAGACCUGGCUAUCGAGUUAAGGAGAUUGGCAGCACCAUGUCUGGCAGAAAGGGGACUGAUGAUUCCAUGACGCUGCAGUCGCAGAAGUUCCAGAUAGGCGAUUACUUGGACAUAGCAAUUACCCCUCCAAAUCGGGCACCCCCUCCUUCAGGGCGCAUGAGACCAUAUUAAAUUCUAUUUACUAUUUCUUGAAUUUAUUUUUCGGUCAGUUGUAUAAAAUAAACUUUUCCUCCCCUGAUUAUUGCCAUUAAGCCUUUAAAUUCCAAACAAAUUAUCAUGCAUCAUCUAUUUAGGAAUUAGAUUUGGAUGUGCUAUUGUAUGAUUACUAGUAGAAAGUCCGUAUGUUUCAAGCUCUUCUGUAAAAUAUGAAGAAAAGUGCUCUUAGCAUUCUGUGUCAAACUGUACUGUUAUAAUAUAUGUAUGUAAUCAGCUUGAGUGUGCAAGUUAAUGGAGGCCUGGGAGCAGGGUUUAUACUGAGUAGUAGAGGAGGGUAUGGUUAAGCUCACAGGGGCAGAACAAGAAAGCCUUGGGAUUGUAUGAAAUCAAACAUGAGUUUGUGGUAUAGACUGCUGUAUGCAGUUGGAAAGACAUGCGAGAGUGAGCUCAAGUGGCAGCAGAGGCAGUUUGGAAUAGUAUAAGCUGAGGCAAGUUGAAGCAGCUGUGUUGGAGGUGAUUGGCCUGCCUUAAUUAGGGUACCAUGACAUAAAAGGCUAACAGGCACCACAGUGAGGGCUUCUUCUAUUUUUAACAUGUGGGGAAUAGGGCAUUUUAAAGGCUGGAACCAUUUCAGAGGAAACAAGGAUUUGGACUUAUGGUAAAAGUGGAAAGGUUUACCUUGAAGAUCUGCACAUGGAGGCAGGGGUGAAGGAGGAAUUUUAAGAAUGAGGAAGAAGCACUAAAGACAAGGUCAGGUUGAGUGAAUAGGAGGUAUUCACACAUCCUCUUAUGUGCUGGGUAAUGGCCUGCAUCUGAUUUGAGAGGCAGUGAUUAAGACCAAUGCAUAAAAACAUUUAAAUCCUGAUUGCAGCAGUGGCUCUGUAACCUUGGAUAAUUUACUUGAAUCUUUAUUUUGUAAAAUGGAGAUAAUGGCCUAUAGGACUGUGAAGACUGAAUGUUUUAAAAGAGCUUAGAAUACUGCUUGACAGAUGAGAAACCAUAAAUACUGGUUUUCAGCUGUAAAGUGGAAUUAAAACUGGAACUCUUUUCUUCCAUGGCACUAUUAUAGUCUCGUGAAAUUUAUCAACGGUAUGACAGAGUGUAUUUUCUGAUUCCCUUUAGUCUGUUACAGUAGCAAAUUGAAAAUGUAUAUCCCAAAAUUUAAUAAAAUUGCACUAGUUUUAUCUGGUACAUACAAAAACAGCCAUUUGAAAUUUAAUGAUUCUGUGGAGUUGGUGUUGCUGUUAGUCAGCAGAGACCAGCCUGAGCCUAUCUGGUGCCUCUUCUGUGCUGAGAUUUUACCCCAAACCUUUAGGUGGUUUAUUCAUUCAGAUUAGAUAGACUGGAGCCUUAUUAACUAUAAAGCCUUACCAACUUUAUAGUUAAUUUAAACCUAGCUUUUUGGAGAAUAGCCAUUAUUAACUUCCUAUUCGUGGGGAGAAAACACCCUGUGAUUUACUAUGCAGAUGAGGGUAGGAACUAAAUAAAGCCCAAGUGGUUGGGCUGGUUUGUCAAAUUGCACCCUUUGCUUGGUUCCAACAUGGAUUUUUUCCUUGAAGAUUUCAAUAUUCCACCAAAAGUACAGUUAGAGAAUACCUAGUGAAUUUAUUGAAUAUAAUGUUCAGAAUCAAAAGACUUGUACUUGGUCCUUGUUUACCUCUGGCUUUGGUAAGUAACUGUGACUUUGAGUAAUAACAGCUGUUUCCCCAAAUAUAAAAUAGAAAUAAAUAGUCAUCAUGACAGCCUUUUGCUCAGUGCUUUAGUGUCUGCCCUGGUUGCUUCAUUUGCUAAGUCUUUUGGAAUUGACAUUUUCCCUUUGGAAUAUGUGAGUUAUGGUACAUAACAUUACCUAUAAUGUCUUUUUAGUUUUUCACAGUGUACAAAAGCUGGGACAGUUAUGCUCAGCUGAUCAUUGACUCAGGUAAUGUUUUAGGUAUGUAUGUAUGUACAGUUUUAUGCAUGUAAUGGGCAGGUAUGAAUGGGGGGUAGAAAGAAGACUAUUAGGCUAGGUUUAAAAUUCUCUAAAAUUUAACUGAUAUUAAAUAAUAAAGAGCUGAACUUGA